UUGCUUAAGAGAUUAUAAGUUAUAACAUCCUCAAAUUAAUAAUUACUUGCAAAACAGCAAAUUCAAAGAAGCAUACAAUGGCCUUUUGCAAAGUUCGUAUCCUUUCUCUCCUCCUAUUGUCCGGUAUAUUCCUGUUGGGAAUCGAGGUGGAAUAUGGAAAUGCUCAAAAGAUGUGUCUCCAGGUUUGUGACAAUGAAGUUGCUUACAUGACUUGCCCCUCUUCAGGAGAUGAAAAAAUAAGUGGAGUAUGCGUCAAUUGUUGCACAGCAGAUGAAGGCUGCAAAUUAUACCGCGCUGAUGGAUCGUUAAUUUGUACCGGAACCCCUCAAUAAUAUGAAAAAAUGUAACUGUUAAAUUCAUAUUCGUGUGAAAUAAGGCCUCAGUUAUUUUACUCUGCCAGUUUAUAAUAAUAUUUUCAUCCUAUACCUAUUUAAUUUGUC